AUGCUCACCACUAUACCACCAACGCUGCACAGCCCGGGCCGCCCCGGACGCCGGCCCAGGCUCCGCACCAGCGCCUCCUCGCCCUCUCGCCACCGCCUCCGCCGCCUGCCGCAGCCUGCCCCGACGUGCCGGCCGGCCGCAGCUCUGCGCCGUCGCGGGCGCCACCAGCGGCCGCCCGGCGCCCCACCCGCGCCACCCCCACGCAGCCCUGGCUGCUCCGCAGGCACGACCGCCCGCGCCUCCGCCGCCCGCCUCUGGGGGGCGCUCUCGCCGCCCUGCGGCUCCCGGGCCCUCGGCUGCCCGCCGGGGAGCCCGCCCCUUGCCCCUGCCCCGCCCGGCAGCCGGGCAGCUGUCCGUCGCGUGAGCGAGGAGCCCGUGGCGGCCAGCCUCCCGUCAGGAGGUCCCGGCUGGGCUGGGCCGAGCCCGCACGCGCCAGGGCGCCAGGGCGCCAGGGCCGACGAGGAAGGGCAGGGGGUGGGGGGGUCGGGUCGACGGCGGGCAGGACGGGCCCCGCGGUCGCCCCGCGCCUCUGGCCGCACGGGGCCGGGCGGAGGCACGAGGGAGGAGAAGGAGGACAAGGAGGAGAAGGAGGAGAAGGAGGGCCCUGGGGGCCGGCGUACGUUUGGGCAGCGCGGCGGCGGCGCCCGCGACCAAAAGAGGGCGUGUCUCGCCUCCCCGUCGGGGAAUCACCCGGUCUCCCGCGUGACAGGCGGGGAUACUCACCACUAUACUAACGAGGAGGCGGCGGCGGCGCGGGCGGACUUCCGCCGACGAGGGCCUGCCUGCCUGACGCCCACCCGGGCCUCGACGUCCCGCCGCCCGUCCUGCCAGGCGCCCGCCACGUGCCCCGGGCCACGGCCCACCCGGCCCGCCCCCCGGCCGCCGCGUCAGCGCGCACAGCAGUCCCCCGGCCCGACUCAGGAGAGUCGCGCCCCACGAGCGCCGCAGAGAGGAGGGGAGGGCGGGGGAGAGAAGAGCCCGAAGGAAAGCAAGAGGGCUGCGAGCGAGCGAGACGGAGUCUCCCCUGGAGGCGUGGGUUCGAAUCCCACUCCUGACACGCCCACCUUUGGCCCGCCCAACGCGGGCUCUCCGCACCCGGGCCUGGACGACGCUGUGUCCCGCCUACACGCCGCUGCGGGCUGCGGGCUGGGCGGGCUGCGGGCUGGCGGCGCCUGGCACACGUGGCCCGGGACCCACGCAGCUGCAGCGCCUCGGCCUCCGGCCCACAGGCUUGGCGCGCGCCCUCCCCCCCGCCACCUCCCGCGCCUCUCCCUCCUCCUCAUCCCACGGCGGCCGCGGGCCUCGGCAACUCGGCAAGUCGGCGGCACGGCUCUCCGGGGGCUCCGUUUGCCCUCUUCCUUCCCGCCGCCGCCCCCUGCAGGCCAGCGCGGGCCGAAAUGCCGGCAGCCCCGCGCGGGCCGGGCCACGCUCCCACUGAGGGGCGCGCCUCGCUCGCCUCCUCGCUCCCAGCCCCGCCCUACACCCCCCCCGCCCGCCCGCCGGGAGCGCGGGGUCCCCACGGCGGGCAGCCGAGCCCUCCGCGCGCCAGCCAGAGACGGGACCCCCGCCCGUUCGCUGGGCCCCCGGGGGGGCGGGGGGGGUCCACCCCGCCGUGGUGGCUCCGGGGAGCCUGAGCGCAAGGCAGCCCUGCCUCCCCGGGCCCCCUCCGCGCCGGAAGCCGCUGCGGGGCCGGGGCUCCAGGACGCCAGCGCGCUCCCUCACCGCGCCCGCCCGCCAGCCAGCCAGCCGGCGGCCGCUCCGCCCAAGCGCACCUGCCGGCCUCACCCCCACCGCAGCCCAGCCGGCCCCGACGGAGAGCUGCGGGCAGAGCUCACACGCCUUUCUUUGGCCUCUUGGCUUGGGCGCUACUCGGCGGCCCCCAUCUCCGACGACACCGACGCCGACCGCACACACGCGCACCCACACCCCCCCCCCCACCCGCGGCACCCCGGGAGCGCACACAAUCCGAGCUCCGGGCCCCAGCCGGCCCCCGCCGGCGCGCACUGCACGGGCCGGAGAGCCAUCCGCCCAUGGGCCUUGGGGGGCGCCGGGAGGGAAGGGAAGGUCCGCGCUGAGCUGCGCCGGCCACAGACGCCCGCGCUGCCUGGGAAUCGGGCGCGGGUCAGGCUUGGCCAGGCUGCUCCUCCCGGCAGGACAGUGUCUGGCGGCCCCGCCCCAGGGAGAGGGCGCAGGGUGAGCCGAGUCGGGGCCUCGCUGGGAGUGGCGCCGCGCGGGCCGAGCCCGAGCCCGAGCCCGAGCCCGAGCUCGGCGCAUCUGCACGGGCGCGGAGCCUGUCUUGCAGACCGCGGGCCCGCCGCCGCCCCCGCGCAGCGGUGCUCACACUGGCCGUGCCGGGACGACGACGAGCGCCGCUGGGGAAGCCGUCUGGUGGCCGCCGCCACCGGUGCAUGGGUGGUUCAGUGCACUUGGUCCACCACCAACCCCCAGGACCACCAUCCCCACACCAGCACCCAGCACCAGCACCAGCACCAGGACUACCACCACAUGCCAGAAGCAGUUGUACAGCAGCAGCAGCAGCAGCAGCAGCAGCAGCGGGACGUGCCCACCGCCAGCAGGCCAGCGUAG